AUGGGCAAGUGUGAUUGCGAAGUACAGACAGAGAAAAAGUUUAGCGUGGAAACUUUCUUUGUUGUCAAAGGCAUGACUGGCUGCUUGGUAAGCUGGAAGGGCUCACAAACGCUUGGCCUGGUUCAAGUAGUCCAAUCGGUUGAACAGCCCAGAAAAGAUAAAGUAGAGUCAUUGGUGGAAAGUUACAGUGAUCUAUUUGAAGGACUCGGAAAGUUGAAAGGAUUCCAAGUUUGUUUGCAUGUCGAAAAUAAUGUGCAACCUAUUGCCCAGCCACCACAAAGGGUUCCGUUUCAUGUUCAGGAAAAGCUAGAGGAACAGUUAUUGAAUGACGAGAAACUAGGAGUUAUUGAGAAGACAGAAGGUCCUACUCCAUGGGUGUCACCAGUGGUUGUAGUCCCAAAGAAAGAUUCGAGUUUGUGUGGACAUGCGUCAAGUUAACAAGUCCAUAAAGAGAGAAAGGCACAUCACCCCGACGAUCAAUGAAGUUAUCAAUGAUUUGAAUGGAGCUAAAAUCUUCAGCAAACUUGACUUAAAUCAAGGGUAUAACCAGCUGGAGCUAGCGCCCGAAUCGAGAUAUUUGACAACGUUCUCAACUCAUCUUGGUCUUCGACGAUUUCGAUGAUUGAACUUUGGAAUUAAUUGUGCCACUGAAAUUUAACAAAAUGCGAUUCGAGAAGCACUCAGUGGUCUAAAAGGAUCCUUAAACAUAAGCGAUUACAUUCUGAUUUAUGGAACAGAUGACGACGAUGAUGACGCCCACUUGGAGGCUGCACUUACAAGAGCGUGCGCUCACGUUGAAUAAAGGAAAAUGCAUAUUUAAGAAGUAAAGCCUCAUUUUCCAAGGAUACGUCUUUUCAGAGCACAGAAUUUCACCCGACCCAGCAAAAGUGACAGCAAUUAAGGAAUUUGCUACACCAAAAGAUGCCUCGGAAGUGAGAAGCCUGCUCGGCAUGACAAACUUUUGUUGUCGUUUUAUUAAGAAUUAUGCUACAUUGAUCCAACCAUUACGAGAACUCACAAAGAAGGAUUUACCAUUUGUGUGGACAGGGAAACAAGAGCGAGCAUUGGAGAAACUAUGUGAUGCCCUUACGAAUGCUUCAGAAAAUGCAUACUUCGAUUCUACCAAGACGACCGAAGUCUUCACUGAU